UUUUGCUAUAGUCUUUUAUUUUGAAAAUAUUACUGGAAGUUUUACACUGAUACCGUGUAUCCUAAAGCUAGGAUUGGGUUCUAUUGCUGCUGCGAGCCGCUUCUAGGACAUGCUGGAAAUGGUCGGUUUGGAUCAACCCAUAGACUAUAAUGUUUUCUUCUUGAUGCAGAGACGCUUCACUGCCGUUCUGCGCCUCUGAUGCCCCCAGUGUGGAUUGGGGGUUAGGGUUAGAACAUGGCUUUAUUUGUGUGUCUGAGAGAGCAGCACUACAUAACACAAACAACUGUGUCCUUUUACAGUUAUUUACAACACGUCCAUUGCAUUAAUAAAGUAGUUGCUUUCAUGACGGCUCUAAGUGCUAAUGAGCUGAUCAGAAUGCAUUCAGUUGGCUCAAAGAAAUGGGGCUCUUUGAUGUUCCACUGCCUGCUGGUUCCUCAGAUAAAAAAUGGCCAAAACACACUUUUUUUUUUUACCUUUUGUUAAUUUUUUUUUAUUCUACAUAAAUUCCCUUUUUGUUAAGAACAAUUCCCAUGCUGUUUAGCUUUUUUGUUUAGAAAUAUCUAGAUUUGCACGUCAUAGAAACGCUUUCAUGUCCCACACUAUACAGGGCAACUGGUCAACCCAACACGUCUGCGUUCAGAAUGCUCAACUCAUUGGUUUAUUCUAAAAUGUGAGGUGCAUUCUUUGGUUCUUAAGCCUUCAGACACAGGAAAUGUGCCGUCUAACUUCUUGGACACAAACCGUUGACCACAGUUCUCCAAUGGGACGUGUGUGUAUACUCCGUUUGAAUGUGUCUGUUUAUGUCUUUCGGUUGUGCAGCACAUCCUCGAAAUUCCUUCUCAGCAUUUAUUGUAAUUUCUCUGCUGCAAAUGUUUACAUGAACCUUUCUUCAAUACGUUUCCUUCUCUAAAUGUUGUGACGGCAGGUCUAAACAGGAUGCAUGUCAGCUGUGAUGUCGGUUUACAUGAGCGGCGCACUCAGGUUGGUCAGCGCUUCACUGGAGUGAUAUCGGUGUUUGGACAAAGCAACAAUCCAACAUUAUUUACAGACGUUCGAACAAAUAAAGCUGCGUCUUGUCCUUCCUGCGGAGACGCUCGCUGUUGUGAAAACGGCACAGUUGAGUUACGGGCUUGGCGGUAGUUAGUUUCCACCACUCUGUGUGAUCUGUUUCCUAUUUGCCUCUCUGUCAACGUCUGCUCACCGUCACCCUCGUCUAGAAGAGGGGUUAUUCGGUUUGUCAGCAGGACCUGUUUUGGGGGGGUAAUCCAUAUCCUGGCGGGCAGAUUUGAGAUGAAAGGAAGUAGUUUCUCUGGUACCUAUCCAAGCCCAUAUCUAUCCUCCCUUGCCCUCUUUCAUUCCUCUUCCUUCUCUCAUUUCUCCUCUCUCCUCUCCCAUGACCUCGGGGGAGUCCUCAGGAGGCACAGCGUUCCAAAACGAGAUCACCCUCCACCACCUCUUUUUUCUCUCCUUCUCCUCUUUGGUCUCACUCAACUUCUUUUCUCAAAUUAAGACAGAAAAGAAUCCAAACCUCACUGGUGAGUGACUCACUCAAAUAAUUGUUGCUUUUAGUUGUAUCAGGUUUCCCUGACUCCCUCCCGUUUCUCCCUUUAUCCCGCUCCCACAUGGUAUUUGGGACACUCUGAAUGAAAAGGAAGAAAAAGUUUGACAUCAUGGGACGAGAAGGUCGAGAUCCUUUAAUUUUCUGCGAUUGCCGAUAUAAAGUCCUCCGUUUUGCAACUUUCUCUUUUGGUGUGCACACGUGAUGAAACGUGUGUGUUAUGUCCUCCAACGGGAGUGCGUCAGCUUAUUUAUAAAAGAAUAACUAGAGACAAAGAAAUCCCGUGUCUGUGACUUGAAGGGGGAAAAAAACCUAGAAGGACAAAAGAAUCAAGCCGGCAAAAGAGAAGAGAUUACAAAGAGAAGAAGUUGAAAUACACAAGAAAUGUGAGAUGUAUUGAGACAGUUUUGGCUAGAAAGGGGGGAUUGAAGGACGAGCUCCCUCCCUCUAUCCCAUAGCUCUCUCUCGCUUCCCUCCUCCUCUGCUCCAUGUCCCAUGUGAGCAGCAGCCUGAUGACUGGACCACUCUGACUCCACGCAGCAUUGUUCUCCACUGCACACAACUUGUUGCAUCGUUUUUCCAACCCGUAGUCCGUUUCAACUCUGCAGAAAGACUAACCGCGGAAAACAUCUUUGGCCGAGCCCACCGGAUGGUUCUCUGGGCACCAUAGAUGACCUUGCCCAAGAGUAUUCUGAGUACUACAACACCUGCUUCGGCGACGUCAGCGACCGCAUGGAGGAGCUUCGCAAACGCCAAGUCUCCCAGGAGCUGGACAUGGAAAAACAGGAUCCAAGCACUACCUCUUUGCAGCUUCGCAAUGAGAUCCAGGAAUCCUUGGGCUUCAGCAGCGAGGUGUCUACUCCAGAAACAGACAGAAAAAUGUCGCUGCACAAGUCCAGCUCUGAAGAUGGAUCUGGAGGCAAGUGGGACAAUAAGAAGAAAAACAAAUCUUUCUGGCAGAAUUUUCGCAAAUCUCAGCACAAACCCGUCGUUCGUCAGUCGUCCAAAGGAGAGGACAUUGGCUAUGUGGCCAGUGAGAUCACCAUGAGCGAUGAGGAACGGAUCCAGCUGAUGAUGAUGGUGAAAGAGAAGAUGAUCACCGUAGAAGAAGCUCUGGCUCGGCUGAAGGAGUAUGAGCGCAGCAAACAGUCCUGCAGUUCUGACACUGCAGAGUGGGCUGACGGAUCUUCACCCGAUCUAAACCAGUCCUCAAACUGCAACCAGUCUCGUGAACAGUCGGACGAUGAGCAAUCCGAGGAUUCUGUGAAGUUCAAACGACUUCAUAAACUAGUUAAUUCAACACGCAGAGUCAGGAAAAAGCUCAUCAAAGUCGAGGAGGGCAAGAAGCAUUCCACCGAAGAUUUCCUGACUUUGGAGACACCGCCUCGCUGUGAGGACAAGGCAGCUCUGUAUACAGGGGUUCUUAAGAAGCCCCCUUUGCCCCUGGAGGCCUCGCUGCCUUCCCUCAAUCACGAUCAGCUCUCUCUAGACGGAGACACAGACAGUCUGACAACCUCCCCAUCGUCCAGCAGCCUGGACACCUGGUCCGGGCACAAGCUGGUGAAAACCUUCAGUAAAUCUUCUAGUACCCACGGACUCAUCAGACCACCACAGAGAACCACAGUUGCCUCAAGAGACCUGGGAGGCUCCAUCUCCGGGGUAGCGGGCAGCGGCUCCUCCUUCUCAGAGCUUGAUGGGUGCGGAGUAGACGAUGAAGGAAAGUUGCAACGCUCCACUACAGAUGGCGAAAUGAGGAAGGCCCUGAGCUCCAUAUCCCACGGGGUAAGUAACAACGAAGCCCUGUACGCCUUCUAUGGCCUCACCAAGCCUCGACCUAAACCCCAGUCCCAGUCACGCCUCCUGAUCUCCCUGGAUGACGGUCCACAAGGCAGCCCUAAACACACACUUACCAGCCGCCACCACGGCAGCUGGACACACAGGAAACCCGACCCAAACUACGCUUACUCCACCAAGCACCUGUUGUACCAUCGCUCAUGCAGUGCCAAAUCACCCUUCUCCCCCCCGUCCGUCACCCCUUCCUCCCCUGUCCGCUGCGACGUCGCCAAGUCGAAAGGUUUCGGAGGCAGCGGAGGGGGCUGGGUGUUUCCCCCUCGCAGGCUGCGAGGCCGAACCGCCGUCAGCGAGCUGAACAUCACCUAUGUUGUUGAGCGAAGCCUGUACGGCCACCUGAACUGGGCCCAGCUGGUCCGCCCUGUCACCCUCAGCCGCGCCGAGCGCCGCUGUCUAUUGGAGGAAGACCGCGAGGUGGACAGGAAGUGGGCGGCCAGUGUGGACCGCUGCACGAAGCGGGUGCUGUUGCGCAUCCAGCAGAAGUCUAGAACGUGCAGCUUCGGGGGCUUCGACUUGUCCAAUCGCUCUCUCCAUGUGGUCAACACGGGCUCCGAGAGCAAUAAUAAAGAGCAGGAGGCGAUAUACAGAGAGGUGGUCAAAUCCCCCACCACAUCACGGAUCUCUCUGGGCAAAAAGGUCAAAUCAGUGAAGGAGACCAUGAGGAAACGCAUGUCAAAGAAAUACAGCAGCUCCCUGUCGGAGCAGUCCAGUCCCGAUGGAGCUCCCGGUUCUCCACAGUCACCUCUCCCAGACACCGACUCCUUGGAGAAGCCGAAGCUUAAGGCAGGAGGAUCUGUGGAAAGUCUGCGGAGUUCCCUCAGUGGACAGAGUUCAAUGAGUGGUCAGACUGUGAGCACCACUGACUCCUCAACCAGCAACAGGGAGAGUGUGAAGUCAGAGGAUGGAGAUGACGAGGAGCCGCCUUACAGAGGACCGUUCUGCGGCCGGGCUCGGGUCCAUACGGACUUCACACCCAGCCCGUAUGAUAGCGAUUCACUCAAGCUAAAGAGAGGGGAUGUGAUCGACAUCAUCAGUAAGCCUCCCAUGGGAACCUGGAUGGGUCUGCUCAAUAACAAAGUGGGCACCUUCAAGUUCAUCUAUGUAGACGUGCUGAAUGAAGAAGAGGAGAAGCCCAAGAGGCCCGUGAGGAGGAAGAGGAAGGGCCGGCCUCCCAAACCGACAUCAGUGGAGGAGCUGCUGGAGCGCAUAAACCUCAAGGAGCACAUGCCCACGUUCUUGUUCAACGGCUAUGAGGACUUGGACACAUUCAAGCUGCUGGAAGAAGAGGACCUAGACGAGCUGAACAUCAGAGAUCCUCAGCAUAGAGCCGUGCUGCUGACGGCUGUGGAGCUGCUGCAGGAGUACGACAGCAGCAGUGAUCCAGAGCGCUCCGGGCUGUCGGGUUCUCAGGAGAAGCUGCUGUCAGAGGGGCGGGGCCUGGUGGGGGACUCCCCAAGGGACUCGGGCUGCUACGAGAGUAACGAAAAUUUGGAAAACGGUAAAAGCAAGAAAGCUUCCCGUUCCAGUCGCUUGCCAGCAGGACUCCAGUCUCCAGACUACCCAACGCUGCCCUUGGCUCUUUCAUCGGAGACUCUGCAAAACAAUGGCAAAAACCAGCGCGCAAAGUUCCCAAAAGCACUCUUCAACAAGUCUUCCCUCAAGAGCUUCAACUUCCGGGGGCUGUGCAAAGCCCAGAGACAGUCGCCCAUCCCAGCCAGUCGCAGCUGUGAGGAACUUGAUGGUCCCUCACAGCCCACUGGACCCUGGAAGCGGUCUCACUCUCUGGGAGAGCUGAACUUGGAGCAGAACUUUGAGCAAAAAGAGAAUCCAAGGUUUAUGCUCAAACACAAAAAAGAAGGACCCAAAUCAGUCAAUAUCAGUCCUUUCAAGGUCUGCAGGGAGGAUCGUUCUCCAGUCAAAUAUGGGGUUCCGACGGUAAGCCCUAAAGGAAGGGCUGACAGACCACCCAUACCCUCCCAGCUGCCCCUUCGUUCCCCUUGUCCAAUGAUCCAAUCCCCCAACCCUGCUGAACCUUUGUUAAGUCCCACCCCAAGUCCUGAUUCUAGUGCAAGUGGGGAGAGGGUCAUCCUGACCCACACUAAAAAACCUCCCAUCCCACCUCCAGUUCCCGCCAAGAAAUCUAAAGAAAGACUAGCCAAUGGCAUGCGUCACCCAACUCUCUCGCUGUCUUCCACGCCAUCCCCCACCGCCUCUCCAACUCACUCCCUUAACCGCUCUCAACCGAGCAGCCCCGUAAUUCGCAGCCCCAGCCCCAUCCUCAGUGCCCCCGCUCUUCCUGCCAAGACCCUGAGUACGCCAUCCAGUCCAUCUGCCACAUCAUUUGUGUCAUCCAUGGGCAAAGACUCAGACAACGCACCAGCUGUCCAGCCUCCUUGGCUUUCGGAUCUUGGGGGUAAAAUGGCUGUUAUGAGGAAACUUUCCCAUGCCAAGAUGAGUCCUGAUCUGCACACCCUGCUGGAGCAACGGUUGCAGACUGAGAGCAUCGAUCUGACCGAGGAGCCGUACUCUGACAAGCACGGCCGAUGUGGAAUCCCUCAAGCGCUGAUUCAGCGUUACUCUGAGGACUUGGAGCAGGACGUCAAAGAUGUGGCCUCCAGUAUGGACCAGCUCCGAGUUAAAGAGCUCCGUAAACAGCACCGCAUGGCUAUCCCCUCCAGAGGUUUGACAGAGGUGUACCGGAAACCUGCACCAAUGGAUAACAUCAGCACAGUCUCAGAUUGGCUCACCUCCAUCGGCCUUCCCAUGUACAACUCGUCCCUGGCAGCCGCAGGCAUCAACUCGCUGAGUCGCGUGGCGUUGCUAACAGAGAGCUCUGCAUGGGAGGCUGGGGUGCGAGAUCAAAGACACGCCCGUCGCCUGGUCAGUGAGGCCAGAUUGGUGAAUGUUCACAGAGAGUUCCCGUCUUAAGUUUGAAAUCAACUCAUCAGUCAGGACCACCUCACUUAAACGUGACCAGAAAAGUGUCUACAGAACCGAUCAACCUCUGUUGCGACCACAUAAGUACUUCCUGUUGAAACACUUAACAUGAGCUACCCCGCUCUGGGACCAUCUCCCUUUGACACUUUGUUCUUUCCUAAAUGUUUACGGCAUUAGGGAGUUCCUCCCAACAGCCAAGACAAGAUGCCUUUUAAAGAGAAAACAAAACCGAGUCACUACGUUGGAUGGUUUCCAUUCUAAUAACACCCUAAAGUCUUCAAAUAGAGACUUGGAUCUUGCCUUUAAGGAUGAUAGCACACUCUUUUUGUAGGGUCAGUGUGUUUUCUUUUUAUCAGUUAAUACAGAUGGUUUAUUUCCUACAUGUUCCAUAAACAAAUCUCUGGUGGCAAGGCAGCAUUUGGACUUUUAAUCAACUAAAAACGGACACCAAUCAACAGAUAACAGGCGAUUCAUUUAUUUGUACCGUGUUUCUGUAUGAAAGCAUAAAGCACAUUCUAAUUUUCAAGUGAUCUAUAAAUUUAAACAUUGCUUUUUGAAUGUUACAGCCAUUUUUGGAGGCCAGCUCUCAACUGACAUCAUACACCUUUAUAUUUCACGUUACUGUAAGUCUUGUUCAUGAUGUAUUCAUCUAGAAUGCACGUCUCGCUCUUAUAUCAUAAUUUUCUUUUUGGCUGUAGAAAUCACGAUCACCCCUUCCGGAAACAGCAUUCCUUGAUCUUUGAGAAGGACGUUUAAAUUGCCUUACCAAUAUGAAUGAAUUGCUACAAGAAACCGCUUUGACUACAUCAUGACUGAAACAGAACUGUGACAAAUGCACAAUUUUUUUGUUUAUUUGCUUUGAUUUUAGGGAAAUAGUGCUAUUUUCAAACAAAUAUACACAUGUAGCCUGUUCAUUUUGAUGAUUUGCAUGGAUGUGGACCAAAGAACAUGUUUGAAGAUUGAGGACUGAAGCCCAGAUGUUAAGACCUCAGGAAAGGCACAGACAUUGUCUCGCGUUGACCUCCUUCUGGAGCAUGUUGGAGCACAUUUGUUGUACGUAUCACAAAGAAAAGAACAAAAAGCGUGUACGAUCUAGCUUAGAUUGGCUGUUUUAGAGGAAAUGCAUCAGGACUGUCCACUUUUAGGAAAGUCUUGAAAUUCAGGGACUUGAUGAGAGGAGUCAGACUGUUAAAAUGUUUUGUGGCCAAAAAAACAGAACGGAAAAUUACCAGAAUCUUGUUCCUCGUUCAGUGGUGCACUCUGCAUGAACCUGAGCAUUAAAUAUUGCUUUUGUGUGUGUGUGUGUGUGUGUGUGUGUGUGUGUGUGUGUGUGUGUGUGUGUGUGUGUGUGUGUGUGUGUGUGAGUUCAUUUCUUUUUGUGUUUCAGUACUCUUAUCUUCCAUAGCCUGAACUAAGCUGAAGACUUACUGAAUUUCAUAUUUUUCUUGCUGUGGGCGUUUGAUAUUUGAUGCCUUUUUUCCCGCUGCAAUCAAAGUGGUGCUCUGAGAAAGUGAGGAUUGAAGAAUGUGAGUCAGGAUUAACCAAGUAAAAGACCCAGGAAGUGUUGUGUAACGAAUGGAAAUACUGACACUGUAAAUGCACUUUAGAUGGUAAAAAAUAGCGGUUAAAUUGGCAUAAAUUGGUUACAUUUGCUCACAGGUCCAUUAAUGGACACUUGUCAGGUGUUGUAAAGGGUUGUGAUGAGUUAUGCUGGUAUUAUUUCUAAUUGUUUGUAUAGAGUCCUCAAUCCCAACUUUCCAAUCAUGAGUUAACCUCUUCUUUCCCGUUUGUGUUUGCAGUUUUACAAAAACUAAAUUCUUAAUUACAUAUAUGAAAUGCUUAGCAGAACUUGCACGUUCUGUAUAUGUAAUUGAUAUUUAAAUAACUUAUUUUUUUGCUUUUAUCUCCAUAUCUUCUGUAAUUAGCUGUACUAUAUGAAUAGCAAUACCUUCCUGCAUAUUGCUCUUGUCAGUAAGAAACUACAGUAUGUAUUGUAAAAUAUAUGUACAAAUUAUUUUAUUUGUUUUUCAUCUACCUAAUGAUUGUCCAUACAGAUUUGCUUGUCUUGAAACAAGAAAAGUAAUGUCCAUAACUAUUUGUCAUUCUAAAAUGAAAUAAAAAAGGUUUCUUGCUAAA